GUUUUUAAUGAAAGUAUGACACAAAAAGCAAAUGGUGUCUUAUUACUUUUAAAGGUCCCUAAUGGUUUAUCAAUAGGUUUUGAUUAUAAUUCGAUAGUUUUUGAAAAGAAUUUGAUGGGAAUUCGCAACAUUCCUUUAGGUUCACAUUUUUUUUAUUGGUCCCCUUUAGAUGAAGAAGACAACAAUACGUUGGGCCAAUGUUUGUUUUUUGAAGAAAAUAAAGUGAUUGUUCGUUGCUGGUGUGAGGAAACGGAUACAUUUAAACGUUUAGAGGACGAUGAAGCGGAACGAUACGAAAUAGGUGUUCGGAAAGGAGAUUUUCUGUUACAUAUGGCUUGUUAUAAUUCGGAUUUUAUUGCUCUCUGGAAAGAAGUUUCUUAUUUUAUUUCAAAAAAAGUAGUUGAUCGGAUUGAACCUUUAAAUAAAUUUAUACAAUCUUCUGGCAAAGAAUAUGAUUCAAGCGAUAAAGAAAAAGAAGUUCGAUUUGAAGAAAAACUAGAAGAAUUUUUUUCAGAAGAUAAGCAAUCGAUUACAUCAAUUCCACCAAGUUUAACUACGAAAGAAGAAUGUCUCACGAGUCUUGCGGAGCAAAAGCCACUUAAAUCUUGUUUGAAAUUGCCCAAGGAAACCGAUACUGAGCAACAAAAACUUGAACAUAAUGAUGCGUUUCGUUUUGUACAUAGCAACACAUUAUUUUUUUUGGAGGUUCCUAAACUGAAACUACCUGCUAACGCUCCUGGGCAUGUAAAAACAUGUAUGAUGCAUGAUAAUUCUAGCAUUUUGGAAACCAUACUUGUUGACAAGCUCCAAGGCGAAUGGGAACAGAUAUUAGGAGAAAUUCAAUUUGCUUUUGUAUGUUUUCUACUGGGUAAAAAUUAUGAUGCAUUUGAACAAUGGAAACGUUUAAUUAUAUUAUUGUCCAGUUGUGACACUGCAAGUCAAACAUACAUUGAUUUGUUCGCAGGUUACCUGCGUGUUCUUCAUAAUCAAUUACUACAAGUCCCCAACGAUUUUUUUCAUGAAUCUGUUUUAAGUAACAACUUUUUUAUUCAAUCCUUAGGAAAUAUUUGUGAGAUAUGUGAAGGAGAAAACGUACCCCAAAAACUUCAAAAACGUGUCGCUUUUAUCAAAAAAGCAAUCGUUGAAAAAUUCCACACGUCUUUGACAGAAAUCCUACAAUUACACGAAGACGCUCCCCUUAUUGUAGAUGAAACGGAACCAUUUAUAUCCUUUUAGCACAACCUGAAAACUAUAAAAGUCAAAACUACUGUACUUGAUAUUGAGUAUCUACAUUUUAUUUAGAUCCAUCUAUAUAUAACAAGAUGUUCAACGUAAGGCAACCCAUAAUCAACAAUUCAGUACCUUUGCG